AUGGACGUCGAUCAGCGGCCGACGAAAAAGCGGCGGUUUUUCGUGGACGAUCCCGAGGACGUUGACGCCGCAGACGCUCCAACGCCACCAACAAUCCCAUCCAGCCGGCCAUCGUCCGCCACCUCAUUCAGAGAUCCACCCCAAUCGAGCCAGACAGAUGUGGCAGAGUCAAGUGAAAGCAGGGACGAGCAAUUGGGUCCGAUUGGCUUCGAUGCGGACACAUUCAGAGCAUUUGUUGGCGAGGAUGUGGCAGACAGCGUCAUUAAGGUGCUUUGCGAUGCUGCGAACGGCAACAUGGAAAGGGCGAUUAAUAUGUACCUAGACGGGUCUUGGAAAUCGACGGUGACUCAGAGGCCUGGUCAAUCACACAACACAGCAUCUACCAAGCCUAUGGCAUCAUUCUUCACUCCCACUCAGAGGCCCAGUUCUCCACCAACAGCUGUUCAAGAAACGGAGGUCGGAAAGACGGCGGAGCGGAAGCAAAUGCGCUUGAAACAUAUGCCUCAAGAUCGGUACAUAGGUUCGUUUGGGGUGGCGGGCUGGACUACAAAGAGCGGCUCAAACAUAUUGGCACACGGCGACAAGGUGCGUAUCGAGCGAAGCAAAAUCGCUCCAAAAACCAAGGUUGGUCGUGGUGGCAAAGCUGUACCUAUUGUUGGGCGGAGCACGAAACAGGACGUUGUGACCCGUUUCACGAACCCAGCCGGUGAAGAGAUAGGAAGGCUGCCGGAAGAUGCUGCCAAAUGGGUCUCGUCGUUGAUUGACCAGAAAGUGUGUCGAUUCGAAGGUACCUGUGUAUAUGCUCCUGAGCGCGUCAGAACCAAUGACACCAUACUCCUUCAACUGCGAGCCUAUAUGCUCAGAUCAGCAUUCGAUUCCGGAGCUUUCGCCAAGCCACAGGACGAUAAUAGAACUACCGGCCUGUUUGAAGAAAAGGAAAGCGUCGAAGAGAAAGACCUUCGCCUGAGGCAAGUGGCACUUGUGAAGCUGUUUGAUGAGAUCAGUCUCCCACCCACAACUACGAAUGAGACCACUAAGAAGCAUAAAAAGCAAGGGCUGCUCAAGGCCGCGGAGAUGGCGGAGCAGUAUGACAAGGACAAAGCCUCGAAGCCGAAGAACGGGACAUCGACUCCCAACUCCGAAGAAGAGGAUGGCGCGGAACUGGAAGAGGAUCAACUGGACGCACUGUAUCAGAAAGCACAGUCCUUUGACUUCGACACACCUCCGGCAGAACCUGCGCCAACUUUUGCUCUUGACUUGCGCAAGUACCAGAAACAGGCGUUGCAUUGGAUGUUGAGCAAGGAGAGAGACGAGAAGCAUGACAAGCAAGCCUCUAUGCAUCCACUGUGGGAAGAAUAUACGUGGCCCGUCAAAGAUGCCGACGACGCUCCAGUACCUCUCGUUGAGGAGCAGGACAAGUUUUAUGUCAACCUGUAUUCCGGUGAGAUCAGUCUGGAGUUCCCCGUGCAAGAGCAGAAUUGUCUCGGCGGUAUUCUCGCUGAUGAGAUGGGCCUCGGCAAGACGAUUGAGAUAUACAGCUUGAUACACUCCCAUCGGCAACAGGCUGUUGAAGUGUCAGAAGCUGGAAGUGUCAAUCACUUGCCCCGAUUGCCACAGGCAUCAUCCAAUGUCGAGCCAGCUCCAUAUACAACGCUUGUGGUUGCGCCUAUGUCACUACUGGCACAGUGGGAGUCCGAGGCGACCAAAUCUUCGAGACCUGGGAGUCUGAAGACCUUGGUCUACUACGGAGGUGAAAAGACGGUCAAUCUGCAGACAUUGUGCUCCGCCAGGAACGCGGCAUCUGCGCCGCAUGUCAUUAUAACCAGCUAUGGCGUUGUGUUAUCAGAGUUCAACCAAGUCGCAGCUGCAAAUGGCGAUAGGGGAUCUCAUGGCGGACUAUUCUCCGUGGACUUUUUCCGUGUCAUUCUCGACGAGGCCCAUACCAUCAAGAAUCGACAAGCAAAGACGUCAAAAGCAUGCUACGAGAUCAGAGGCAAGCAUAGGUGGGUGCUGACAGGUACGCCUAUCGUCAACCGACUUGAAGACUUGUUCAGCCUGGUCCGUUUCCUCAAAGUCGAACCCUGGAGCAACUUCUCCUUCUGGAAGACAUUCAUCACCGUUCCCUUCGAAUCUAAAGAAUUUGUGCGCGCUUUGAACGUCGUACAAACGGUCUUGGAGCCAUUGGUGCUGCGCCGGACGAAGGAUAUGAAAACGCCUGACGGAGAAGCGCUUGUACCACUGCCACCUAAGUCUAUCAAAGUGGAGGAAAUCGAGCUGUCCAAGACCGAGCGAGAAGUCUAUGACCUGAUCUUGACGCGGGCGAAACGAGCAUUCAACGAGUCUCUGCAGGCUGGCACACUGCUGAAGUCAUAUACCACGAUCUUCGCCCAGAUAUUGCGUCUGCGUCAGUCAUGUUGUCACCCGGUUCUCACCAGGAAUAAGGAUCUCGUUGCCGACGAAGAGGAGAAGGCUGUCGCUGUGGCCGCUGAUGCAACGAACCUUGCUGACGAUGUUGAUCUGCAAGAGCUGAUCACCCGUUUCACCAAGGACACCGCAGAAGCAGCAAAAGAGUCCACAACUACUGAGGACGACUCUGGUAAUUUCACCACCCAUGCUCUUCGUCAGAUUCAGACCGAAUCAAGUGGCGAGUGUCCAAUCUGCAUCGAGGAGCCCAUGAUCAAUCCAGCAGUCACAGGAUGCUGGCACAGCGCUUGCAAAAAAUGCCUUGAGGACUACAUACAACACCAGACUGACAAAGGCGAGAAUCCGAGCUGCUUCUCCUGCAGGGAGACAAUCGAUCCUCGCGAUGUCUUCGAGGUGGUGAAGCACAGCUCGCCUUCACCAGAAGAGUCCUUCGAUGAAGAUGAUAUGUAUGGCGAUGGCGAUCCAAAACUCCCUAAGAUAUCGCUGAGACGAAUCAAGCCAUACUCUCCUACAGCAGCAACUUCAGCAAAGAUCGUGGCACUACUCAAGCACUUAGCCGCACAGCCAAGAGGGACGAAGUCGGUGGUGUUCUCUCAGUUCACAGCAUACCUUGAUCUGAUCGGUACGCAACUGGAAAGGAAUGGCUUCCAAUUCCUGCGGUUUGAUGGGACUAUGUCACAGAAGUUUCGGUCACAAGUAUUGCGGUCUUUCAGCGCAGAGAAUGCUCACGAUCCGAAAGCUCCCAGAGUGCUACUACUGUCGCUCCGAGCAGGUGGUGUUGGCCUCAACCUGACGGCUGCCAACAAAUGCUAUAUGAUGGAUCCGUGGUGGAGCUUCGCAGUCGAAGCACAAGCUAUCGAUCGUGUCCACCGUAUGGGCCAGACUCAGAAAGUGGAAGUCAUCCGUUUCAUCGCUGCGGAAAGCAUUGAAGAACGCAUGUUGAGGGUCCAGGACAAGAAGAUGGCUGUUGCUGGCACGCUCGGUGUCGGCCAAUCGGGUGGCGAUGGCGGGGAUGAUGAGAAGAAACGAAGGCGGAUCGAAGAGCUCGAGAUGCUUCUCGGCUGA